CUACUACGCGGUACGUGGGCUUCGCGCACUGUCCGAGGGCCUCGGUAGUCGGUGGGGCUUACUCCGGGACCCCGGCGCUUCCCUCCCGACCUGGGAUGCUAGGCUGCUCUCCAUGAACUGGUCACCGAGUCUGUCUGCCGCAGCCCUUUCUGCAUCUUUGGCUGUCUGGAAGCUCCGCUGUGCUCCUUGCCAAGAUGAAGUGCGUCUUGGUGGCCACAGAGGGCGCGGAUGUCCUCUUCUACUGGACGGACGAGGAGUUUGAAGAGAGUCUGCAGCUGAAGUUUGGGCAGUCGGAGAAUGCGGGAGAAGGGAUUAAUUUUGGAUUAAAAACUUUUAUUGGGGAUGCAGUAGACAGUCCUUGCGUUUCUGCAGCCACACAGACUGGUUGCCUCUCGGUGCCCUUCCUGCUCCAGUGUGCCUGGUCAUCAGCCGGACCAACUCCACAGCAGCAACUUCCCGCCCUGGAGGACCAGCUCAGCACCCUCCUGGCCCCAGUCAUUAUCUCCUCUAUGACGAUGCUGGAGAAGCUCUCAGACACAUACACCUGCUUCUCGACGGAAAAUGGCAACUACCUGUACGUCCUUCAUCUGUUCGGAGAGUGCCUGUUCAUCGCCAUCAAUGGAGACCACACCGAGGGCGAGGGGGACCUGCGGCAGAAGCUGUGCGUGCUCAAGUACCUUUUCGAGGUGCACUUCGGGCUGGUUACCAUGGACGGCCAGCUCAUCCGAAAGGAGCUGCGGCCCCCAGACCUGGAGCAGCGUGUGCAGGUGUGGGAGCACUUCCAGAGCCUGCUGUGGACCUACGGCCGCCUGCGGGAGCAGGAGCAGUGUUUCGCUGUGGAGGCUGUGGAGCGGCUGAUCCACCCUCAGCUAUGUGAGCUGUGCAUUGAGGCGCUGGAGCGGCAUGUCGUCCAGGCCGUCAACUCCAGCCCUGGGCGGGCCGGCGAGGAGGCCCUACACGCCUUCCUGCUCGUGCACUCCAAGCUGCUGGCUUUCUACUCCAGCCACAGCGCCGGCUCCCUGCGCCCAGCCGACCUCCUCGCCCUCAUCCUUCUAGUGCAGGACCUCUACCCCAGCGAGAGCACGGCGGAGGACAACACCACCCAGCCUUCCCCACGGAGGCCUCUCCGCAGCCAGAGCAUCCCUGUGCAGCAGGCCUGGAGCUCUUGUUCUACAGACCAGACCAGGAGUUCUACAGGGACUGAGACAGACAGCCUCUCCCUCCCUGAGGAGUAUUUCACACCAGCUCCUUCCCCCGGGGAGCAGAGUUCAGGUAGCACAGUCUGGCUGGAUGGGGGUACCCCUCCCACUGAUGAUCCCCAUGUCCAGAUGGCUGAGGACACCCUCCAGACGCUGGUCCCUCACUCCCCAGGACCCUCCAGCCCCAGAAGGAUUUUCCUGGAUGCCACGGUGAAAGAGAGCUUCUGCCCCAUGGUGCCCCACACCAUGUACUGCCUGCCCCUGUGGCCAGGCAUCAACAUGGUGCUCCUGACCAAGAGCCCCAGUACGGCCCUGGCCCUGGCCCUGUACCAGCUGCUGGAUGGGUUUUCUCUACUGGAGAAGAAGUUGAAGGAGGGGCAGGAGGCCGGGAGUGCCCUGCGGUCCCACCCCCUCAUGGGGGACCUACGCCAGAGGAUGGACAAGUUUGUCAAGAAUCGAGGUGGGCAAGAGCUUCAGAGCACCUGGCUGGAGUUCAAGACCAAGGCCUUCUCCAGAAGUGAGCCCGGAUCAUCCCGGGAGCUGCUCCAGGCAUGCGGGAGGGUGAAGAGGCAGCUUUGCGCCAUCUACCGGCUCAGCUUCCUGACCACGGCUCCGGGCCGGGGAGGCCCCUCCCUGCCCCAGCACCUGCAGGACCAGGUCCAGACGCUCAUGCAAGAAAAGCUGGCAGACUGGAAGGACUUCCUGUUGGUGAAGAGCAGGAGGAAUGUCACCAUGGUGUCCUACCUGGAAGACUUCCCAGGCCUGGUGCAUUUCAUCUACGUGGACCGCACCACCGGCCAGAUGGUGGCCCCUUCCCUCAGCAGCACUGAAAGGACUUCAUCGGAGCUGGGCAGGGGGCCCCUGGCCACCUUCGUCAGAACCAAGGUAAUCUGGCCUGGCCCUGGCCCUCUCCUCGCGCAUCAGAUGGGGCGUGCUGACCCCUGGCCAGAGGACUAG